AUGUCAGAUUCAUUUGAGACUUAUGAAAGUGAAUUACAAUUAGCUUUACAAGAAGCUAAAUCAAAAAUUUCACAAAUAGAUACAGUGGAUGCAAGUAUGUAAUAACAUUUGUCACUUAGUUCUUACUAACUUUUAGACACUCAAAAGCAAUAUUUAAAAUCAAUUGAAAGUGCCUCAGAUGAAGCAAUUGAAGUAUUAGAUCAAAUGAGUAUUGAAGUACAAAACUUACCAUCGAAUCAAAGAUCUUCAUAUAAUACUAAAAUUAGAACAUAUAAAUCGCAAAUUGAUGAAGUUAAAUCCAAAUAUAAUCAAUUAUUAGAUUCUCAAGAUAAACGUGAAUUAUUUGGCAAUAGAUAUACCGAUGAUAAUUCAGGAGAUUUAGAUUUAGAAAGUCAACAACGUAAACAAUUAUUAAAUAAUCAUUCAUCAUUAGAAAGAUCAUCUCAAAGAUUACAAGAUUCACAAAGAGUUGCAUUGGAAACGGAAAACAUAGGUGGUAAUAUUUUAAAUGAUUUAAGAUCUCAAAGAGAUCAAAUAUCUGGUGCUAGAAAUACUUUAGGUCAAGCUGAUAAUUAUAUUGAUAAAUCGGUGCAAACUUUAAAAUCUAUGAGUAGAAGAUUGACUGCUAAUAAAUUUAUUAGUUAUGGUAUAAUUGCAGUUUUGAUAUUAUUGAUCUUUUUAGUUUUAUUUAGUAAGUUUUCGUAA